AAAUAAUGGGUUUUCUGACUUAUAACUAGUCAUGGUAGAGAUUUAUCACAAAAAGGCAGCCGCAUCGAAGAUCAAGAAAUUGAUAAAUCAAAUCUUCUGCCGAUGGCCGCCACAGCAACCGCUUCUACUAUUGUUUCCGACCUGCAAGCGUUGAUUGACGCGAAUGGCGACCGUAUCCUUGUCGAAAGACGCGAACGAGCAGUGUUGGAGUUGCAGCAGAGCAGAGAUGAUUCACCCCCGCCCGCAGCCGGAGAUUUUGUUCCGAGCAGCAGCAAGUUUUUCGAGACGAAUGAUCUAGACCUGGUGUAUGAGGACGAGGAAUAUGCAACAAAAAUUUCCCGUACAUGUACAAGAUGCAUCACAAAUUUCAAAAAUUUCAACUGAGUUGACAUUUGUCGUGCUAAACUAGGAUUGAAGCCAAGGUUUGCCAUGCAGAGACCGCAUUCGUACGUGUGCGGGAAAUUUACUGUGGAUAAGUAAGUGGUGAUCUACCUGUCCAACCUGUAUGCUGCAGUGGAUUUUCACCUGUUGUAUCACAGAGAAAAAAGUGUCAGCGUCAGCGUUCUUUUUCACGUACUUAUUACACAUUACCGCAGUUACUUUGCGAAGAGGAAGACAAAUAGUGACUAUGUAUAAUAUGCAUGUUGUGCAAUACAGAACUACGAAUUUUUGUCCCGACUCUUAAUAUUUUUGCCCCCUUAUUUGCGGCCCGACAGCAGCAAGACAAAUUUCAUCGCCAGGGAGAACGCUAAAGAACGCAAUUUUUUGAUACCAUAUGUUGCGGCGCUUGGAUAUUGACACAGUUGUCAACAUGGCAGGGGGUAGUCUCCAUCUGUUGCUAAAAGAGGUUCAGCAAGUGAGGCUUUUGCAGCGGAUCCGCGACGAGGACAAUGCAGCGCAUUCUGGCAUCAGUUCUGCUACCGGACGACCGCCUCCAAUGGCGGUCCCAUCAUGCAAUCAAGAAAUAGCUGGAGCAGGUCCUCCACCAACAACUUCAGCAGGUCGUGACAAUGAGCAGCAGCAACUUCUGCUGAAUAAACAAGCUCAAGCCACCUCUGGUGCUUCGACAAGCAGCCUCGAGGAUAACUUGGACCAGAGUCAGACGAUGUUUACGAGUGGCACCAAUGUAGUUCACUUGGACCAAAGUUCGACACUGGGAUUUAGCAGAAGAAGUUUCGGCACGGGGCGGCGUUUCGAGCAAAUUCCGGACAUUCGGGUAUCUGUAUCGACGAUUUUAGACCCUGAUGAAACAUCAAAGACGGCCACGUCCUCUCCGUCGAAGGAGCCUGGUGCCGCUCCUGGUUCUUGUACAACUACGUCGGGAAGUAGAACACUACAAGCGGCAAACGAGGAGAAGACCGCAGGAACAACUCCUGCGCAAGGGAAAGUUUUUGUAUCAGCUCCUGAGUUCUUAGCCGCGCCAGAUCGUGCCACUGGCACCAGCACGGCCAUUGCAGCGACAGGACGAGACGACGGAGCUUCGGCGGAGCAGGUCUGCCUCACCGCGACGUCCCGCAAAACAGCGGAAGCAGAUGCGAUAGAAGAAGCAAGUUCAGGAACCAUUGCUGGAGCGCCGGAAGAUCGCACAGCAUCCGGGUCGUCAACAAUGAAUGCAUCGUCGCCGAGCAAAAAAAAUCAUCUUGCAAAUAAAGACGAUAGCAAGAUGCAGCAGCUGUCCAGCCUUGAGAAGCUCGCCAAUGGACAGCUGUACUCCGACCAGAUGCUGCUGGAGUAUGUUGGGAGCGCGGGUAAUUUCUACCGAAAUUACCUAGAACAUCGGCAAACUAGAACAGCGGAUGCGAGGACCAAGAGACUCCACUACCUGGAGAUCGCUGCGCGCGACGAUAGAACCUACAACAUUGCGACGGAUUGCAUUCGCGUUAGCCAGUACCUGAAAUCGGAAGUGCUGUUGGGCGGGCGAGGAGAAGGAUCAUCUCAUCGUGGUCCCGAGUCGGUACUAUCAUGUUCUUCGACGGGAGCUGCAAGUGGUGGACCACACGAGCAGCUGGAAGAAGGUGGAGUAGAAGAAAGAGUACUCCCUUCUGCUUCUGCUGCAAGAACACCGAAAGAAAAUGACCUCCACGGAACAACUGGAACUACAACCACCGUUCCAAGAACUUCUGCAUCAACUCCUGAAAUCGCGCGGGAUGGAGAGCGGUACGAAGGGCCGUUGACUGGACGCGCGAAGACUGUUUCAUUUUCGAGUCUUCUAGGCUCGCGGACCGGAGGCGGAGGAUCCACCACGUCCGAUAUAAUUAAAACGGCCGCGCGGGGGCCGGUAGAAAAUUCGCCUGCGUCUAGUACUGCCGGGGCAAUUACAAAGCCUGACUCUGCAGAAAGUAAGCUGCCAACCGGGGCGAGCUCGUCGAAAGCGAAAUCGAAAAGGAACGUGCUUGUGCACUGCAUCAACGGGAUUAACCGCAGUUGUGCUGUGGUGGUAGGGUUUCUCAUGCACCACUGCCGCUGGAAAGCGGCGCAAGCGAUCGACCACGUGAGUCGCAGCCGCCUCGGAAUUCUCACGAACGCGCAUUUCUUAAGUCAGCUACUCUCGCUUGAGAGGAUCCUUGAAGAUGAUUCAAUCGAGCGAAGCGAUUAUGAUCCGCCGUAGGUGUGCUGAUGCAGAUGAUAUUUUUUUUACUUGUAGCAGGAAGUGGUUCUUUAGGUUUCCGUUUCGCGAAGGGCACUGACGGGAAAGGGCAAAGAAGCACCGAUUUUGCGACAACAUGUAAAAACUUAAUUUGCGCUUUAGUCAACUACAU